GAUUUGGAUUUGACUUGCUGCAAUUUCAGUUUUUUUUUCAAAUAAGUUCACUCCGUCCACGAUGUAAGUCCUUGCAAGGAAAAUGGCGUUGCUGGAGAAUAGCCCUCUUUCAGAUUUUCUCUUUGAUACAGACGAGUUCGACAGCGCUUCCUCUGAAGAGCAGAAAGAUGUAGAAGCAUCUGUUGAAGAAAUAUUCAAGGAAUACUGCGUUCCGUUAGUGGCUGAGCGCGGUACAGGGGAUUCCGAUUUACAAUGUCCUCUUGAAAGUCGUUUGAAAAAGGUCAAAUUGCUACGCAGCAAGCAUGUCAACUAUUUACUAGGCGGCCUGAGGGAGUUAUCCACCAGCUUUGAAUCACUGGAUGCCAGUCGGACAUGGAUUUGUUUCUGGAUAGUACAUGCCCUGAAUCUGUUGGGAGAAGAUAUCAGCGAUGAUCUGAAGUCCAACAUCGUUGGCUUCUUGAGUCGUUGCCAAGCAGUAACAGGAGGCUUUGGUGGUGGACCAGGACAGUAUCCACAUGUUGCACCGACCUAUGCAGCUGUGAUGGCCUUAUGCAGCCUUGGCACAGAGGAAGCGUACAAGGUAAUCGAUCGACCAAAGCUGAAGACGUUCCUAUGCAGCGUGGUGAACCCUAUCACUGGUGCGGUUCAUGUGGAGGUUGGUGGUGAGACAGACGUGCGUGGUGCUUAUUGCGCGCUGGCGGUUAGUAGGCUGCUGGAUCUGGACAUUCGUGCUGCGUAUGAGCCUGUUGGCGGCUGGCUGUCUCGCUGCCAGACUUACGAGGGCGGAUUUUCUGGCUGCCCGGGCAUGGAGGCACACGGCGGCUACACGUUCUGUGCGUUUGCCGCUCUCAUCCUGCUGGGCAAAGAGAGGCUGGUCGAUGUUGACGCUCUGGCUCGCUGGGCUUCGCGCCGUCAGAUGCGCUAUGAGGGAGGAUUCCAGGGUCGAACAGGCAAGCUAGUGGAUGGCUGCUAUUCAUUCUGGGUUGGCGGCAUCUUUCCCUUAUUACAUAUGACCAUGGAGAGUAGUGGAGUUCGCUGCGAUGAGCUUCUGUGCUCCACGAAAGCGUUACAGGCGUACGUGAUGGUCUGCUGUCAAGCAGGACGCGGCGGUCUCAUCGAUAAGCCAACCAAGCGCAGAGACUUUUACCACUCCUGCUACACACUCUCCGGCAUCAGUGUCCUGCAGUAUUUCCCAUGGAACGAGGAAGAAAAUCAGUCAGCGGAACCGCGCGUGUUUGGUGCCAGCUCUAAUCUCCUGGAGCCAACCCACCCGCUGUUGAACAUCCGCCUUGACCGUGCAGCUGCAGCCAUGCUACAUUUCCAGACACCAUCUCUUGUAAAGGUCUGACCACUUUCUCUCAACGCUCAGCGUACAUUCACUUCAUGCCACACGAUUGCGGUUUCCCUUGACUGAAGUGAAUUCUUCAGCAUCUGCAUUCGAAAUUUUUGCAAGGACUACUACCCCUCUCCCCAACAAUCAUUUACUGAACAUCAGCUGCAUGUUGAUCGUGCCAGCCAUCAUUCAUAGCCUUGAACAUGUGGAAUGCUAUCUCAGUCCUUAUUAUUUCCGGCCUAUACUGAAGCUCCCAGAAUUGUCCUUUGUACCAAAUAUAAAACAUGUUCAUAUCAGUACUUCCAAGUGAAGGUUUCGUUGAACUGUACACAAACAAAUUUGAAAAAUUCCCCUUUGGAUUCCAUACUUUCAUACUCUUUUUUAUGCUCAUUAAAAAUUAUAAAAAAUGUCUUGGUAUCGUUGAAAAUACACACUUCAAAUAAUCCAA